AUGCGUCCCGCCAUGCGUCUGCCCCUCCGGGAGGCAUUGUAUGUUUGCUCAAACUGCAGACAAGAAGUCACACCACGAGUCAUCUCGCCGCUUACCCGCCAAUUCCGCCGCUCUGCCUCCUCCGAUUCCCCGACCUUCCUCGAGCGCACUCGCCGCAAGCUCUGGAACACAGAGAAGCCGCCCGGUGCAGCGGACCCAUAUACCGGCGAGUCGCAGCUUGCGCGGGGGGCUGAGCCGGAGGAGGGAUUGGCUAAUGGUGAGGUGAAGGAAUCGGAGACUCUGGCAACGGGUGAUGGCUAUCAGCAAGCGCAGACUUGGGAUGGGUUGGAUGUCAUUGGUUAUCUCCAGAAGGAUAAGUGGCUUGAGGAAGGUCCUCGCAAGGCGGACAAGUACACUCGGUACGGAGCCAACCUGAAGCCUCGCGCUACCCUUCCCGCUCUCCGCCAAACCACCGUGGAGAUCUGUUUGAUGAGCAUGCUGGGCAAGCCUCUGGCUAGCAUUUGCGAUGUUGCCAGCCACGACAAUCAGAUCCUGCAAAUGCUUGACUCUUGCUAUGUUGAGGGAUCUAGCACCCAGCAGUGGAACACGGCCCUCCGCUUCUCGAGCCAAACGAACAUGGAGGCGCUUCUGUUUGUGUUCAACCAGAUCGGCGGAGAGUCAACAAUCAAGGUCGAGCCGUCCGAGACCCUGAUCACUGAUAAAUCCCACAAGCACGACACCCACCGCGAUCUGUCGCUCGCCGACCCUGAAGUCAAAUUUGCCUUCGUCAAGCGAUUCUCGCAGUUGAUCGGUCGCCGCAUCCCCGACAAGGCCAUUACCACAUCCCACACCGUUGGUGACAUUCUCGCCGGCAUUUCAUCUCAGCUGAAGGAGAAGCCAAUCCAGGUCACGAAGGAGCUGAACAAGCAAGCGGCUGCCGGGGCUCUCCCGGCUAACGUCAAAUUCAGCAAGAAGCGUCUGACCAAGAGCCAGAAUGAUGAGGACCACGGCCGGAAGAAGGCUAUUGUCUCCGAGAUUUACCGUCGGGGAUUGAACAUCCGCCCUGCGAGCGAUGGUGGGUUCCGAUUUAACUGA